AUGCUCCGCCGAAAAAAGGACCGGGCCGCCACCACUGUCGAAGCCCAGAGGUUCCCCCGCCGGAAAAACCUUCGUUUGGUAGAUUCUGCGCCGGCUGUUUUCUCUCUCCUCCGGCCACCAAUUCCGACGCCUGAGAUGUCAGAUCUGAUUAGAUGUCGUUGGUCGAUGACGAUUGCACCCAGUUCAGAGCCUCCGGCUCAGUCGGCAUCUGUUGCCAUUGCUCCAGCACUGAUGGACCAACUGCCAGGGGUGUCCCAGGCACCUGCGUCAUCAGCUUCAUCAGUGGCGCUGCCUGUUAGCGCUAGGCUGUGUCGGCAGCUGAAGACGGCGAAGGUCACCCAGGUGACCAACAGUCGUAUCAGCAUCGGAUACGACGAGCGCCAUCGGGCUGCACCGACAGCGGAGUUGCAUAGCUCCUUGGCCCACGACAUUGGCCACGUUGUUCGGACCCAUUGCCCGAUGCACUGGAAGUCUUGGAAGGUCAUGCCUGACGAGAUCAAGAUAGAGGUUCGCGGCCAGUUGUCGACGAACUAUAACUUAGAGGACCUCAACGAGGAGUCGUUGGCGUACGUCAACAGACUCUUCGGUGAGAGGUACAAGCAGUGGAAGAGCGACUUGCACCACCAUUUUCAGGCGUUUGAUGAUCCAGAAGUCGCUCUUCGAGAGGGUUGCCCGAAGGAGCUUGAGGGGCGGGAGGAUAGUUGGGCAUGGCUCUGCACUCAUUUUCAGGCGCCCGAUUAUGUGAAUAAAACCCAAGUGAAUAAGGGCAAUAGGAAGAAGAAGACUCUUCUCCACCAUUUCGGCUCCAGGCCCUUCUCAUAUAGGAUGGAUGCACGGCGGCGGAGAUCGACGUCUUUGGUGACGUUAAUGUUCGACCUGGAAAUGAGUUGGCCGAGUCCCUUUCAUACGACGAUGGUGGAGAGGAGCCAGUUGGUUCUUCAGGAGUCUGCCUCCCAACUUCCUCCCGAGACUCCGAUCGAGUCUGUGGAUCCUCCACAGGAUGCUGGAUUUCAGAUCUUGACAGAGACGUUGGAUCAGACUCUCGGGAGGAGGCCGGGAACAUAUUGUAGAGGGAUGGGGAAUGCCCGACAAAGGGAACCUCGACCCCGGUCAUCAUCGCAGGCAAACAGUCAGGUGAUUGUUUUGACAUUGCGGGUUGCCGAGCUUGAGGGUCAGAUGUCGGUGAUUCUGCAGUCCCUCGCGCGGUCCGACAUUUCAAUCCCGAAUUUUGGUGCUUCGACAUCCGAGACUGUCCACCCCGAGCAUCCCCAACAGACCAUGGCCCCUAUAGACCCCUAG